GCAAUCAGUUAAAUAUUGGCCCCCAUCUUGCCAUUAGUAUUUAAAUCUGUGCUUAAAAAAAUGGAUAUGGCGAAAAGCAAAUUUGAAAAUUUUUAUCGAAAUGUUGUAAAAGUGUACGAAGAACAUUUAAAAAAUGCAGGCAAAGUACCCAUCAAAUUGGCGGAUAUAAUGCGUUUGACAAAUGAAGUAAUCAAUUUGUCUCGUGAUACAAUUGGCAAAGAGAGUGUAAAUCCACAAAAUUUAAUAAAACAUGUUUUAAAAUAUUUUGAAAUAGUUAUGGAGUUUAUUAACCAAACUAGCAACAAAAAACGUCAACAUAAAUACGCUGGAAUAUGUUGCGAUGCGCUGCCGGAACUGUUCAACACGAAAAAACUAGCAAAUUGUUUUAUUGAAUUUGCUUCACUUGACAUUUUUGACGCGUUUUUAUAUACAAAUUAUGAUAGUAUGUGUAAAAAAAUCCUUCUUGAAACCUACAACGAGAUAGCUUGUUACUCAGAUAAGGUCAUCCGAACCAAAGUUGCAGAAAGUCUGAUCCGUUGUUUGUGAGUUUAUAGAUUAACUUGUAAACUUGCUUUUUUAUUAUUUUACAUAUAAAAUGUGAUUUAAUGAACAUGUUAUUUUACUUAGAUCUAAUUUAAUCGAUUCCAUAAGCACAUUUGGCGAUUAUGAGCUACAAUCAGACGUUGUGGAAACGCUGUUCCGUGUUUUUGGCUCCCAGAUAAAGCAGAACACCAAGUGUUUUCAAUUCCAAUUAGUGGCAGGAUCUGAAGAAUUAAGUAACAGUUUAAUGAAUGAUAUUGAUCUGAAAGAUUUCGAAGGUAGUGUGAGGAAAUGGCUAAACAAAUUCAACAAGAAUUCAAAUAACAUUUUCUCAAUUGCCUGCAAAAAAAUACUGUUUGGUGAUGACCAAUGUUAUUCAGAAGUAAGGAUUUUUUUUUGUGGUAUGCUUGUAAAAAUUAUGUACCCUUUGUCUUUUUGUAUUGUUUAUUUAAUUUAUUCUGCCUUGUUCUGAAUUUUAUUUCUUAUAUUGGCGGAGGAAGACGUGUGGAUAGACUUUAAUAUGCAAGAAAAAAUUGUGAGUUGGUAUUGUCGAAAUUUAUGGGAGGAACCCAGAGAAGAGCAUGAUCACCAAUGGGUUCGGAUAUCAUUACUUGCCACCCAAGUUAAGAAAAUCAAAGUUUUGAGAUCUCUGAGAAGUGAUAAUGUACCAUUAGAAAUUCAAUUAAAUGGGUCUUGCCUGUGUAAUAAUAUCCAUGUUCAACGUUUCUUGGAUUCUGCAAGUGGUACAUUAAAACUUAUUUUCAACGCUUCCGACAAGGAUUCAAUAAAUAAAAUGAUCUUAAAUGUUUUACCAAAUGUGUUUAAAAAUCAAUUUUCGCAUACAUCUGAAAGAAUUUCCAAAAAAAAGCCCGCCUAUAAACAGUUAAAAAUCAAAGUGUCUCAGUUAAAAAAGUCAAUUUCCUCUGACGCAACUGUAAGUAGUAGUAGCACUUGGUAUCAACUAACGCCUUCACCGUGGAGCAGAUUAAUCACCUCACCUAAUAAUUCAACAGGGGCUUUGGAUCAACCGAGAAGUAAACGUUCGGGCAGCACGGCCAGUAAGUCAAGCGAAAAAACAGACGAGCGGGGUGCAGAAAACGCGGAAGACGUAAAGAUAUCGCAAAGAGACAAAGACAAAGAGAAGGUCACCCAUUCAUGGUGGAGCAGAUUAAUCAUGUCACCAGAUAAUUCAACAGUGGCUUUAAAUCAACUGAGAAGUAAUCAUUCUGACAGCACGGCCAGUAAGUUAAGCGAAAGAACAGGCCGCGCGACUGUUGAAGACGAGCUGGAAAACGCAAAGAUUUCGUACGGCUUGAACCAAGGGAAUGUCACGCAAGAAAUGGAAUUUAAUCAGUCUGAAAUUUUGUCAUCUACUCCCGUUAAAGUAUCCUAUUUCAUUGAUACUUACCGAGAAAACGACCACUUUACUGACGCCAAAGAUGACUCGAAGGAGGAGUUUGAGACUGCUCAAGCCUUUUUCGAAUCAGAGGGCGAUGCUAGGGGAGCAAGCACUGUCGCGUCGAAAAUCCAUAUUCAAAGUAAUAUCGUAAUAAAACCCAGCGAUGCUGUAAAAUCAGUAAUGGAAGUGGAAGAAAUUGGUGACGCAAAUUUGGACGGAAAUGAGCGCGAUACGCUAAUUAAACAGCAAUCAGUCAAAGAUGGAGCAGAAAACAAAGGCGUUGGUCAAUUGCUUGACAAUAUGAAUGUCACAUCCGCGGUUGAUAAAGAAUCUCUGGUUCAGAAUAUUGUUAAACCAAAUCCGACAAAAUUAAUAGGGAAAACGGUGGCUUCGAGCACCUCACCAGGAAGUUCCAUAAAUGAUGAGAUAGUGCCAGAAGAAUGCACCAACGAACCCGUGCAAGAACAGUUUAAUAGGGAACGUGAAGAUAAAUCUGACAGUGAAACACGAAAACGGGCAGGGGAUGUAGUAGCGAUAACGUCGGAAAUUAAUGAAACCGCAGAUUCUAGUGUUGAACUCCAUUCUAGAAUAGGUAAAAUCAGCCAUUUUCAGCAGGGGGAGCAGAACAAUACCACCAAACAACCUAGCAAACAAAAAUCGAUACGAAUUAAAAGCGCUCAAACUGAAAUACCAUACAUAACACGCAAGGUCAAAAAAGCAUUGAGCGAAUUACAUCUCGACCCAUCUCAAUUAUCAGAGGACGUUUUCAACAUUAAAAAACCCGCCGCACCUGACCACACUAUCCCAGAAAAUAAUUUAGACCUCGGCGUGAAUGUGAACGUCGAGGAAGGAAACUUAUUGAUAACUGCCCAAUUAAUUGAACCAGAAUCUGAAAACAUGAAAUCCUUGGAGGUUGAAUUGCUUAGGAACUUCAAAAGGACACCAGAAGAUAACUGUAAAAGUGCGACCGUUUCUACAAGCGCCAGUGUGAAGUCAGUCGUUCACCUACACAAUAAUAACGUUAAUUCAUCACCGGAAGUCGCACUAGAAUCAGAAAUGAUCGGUAAUGAAAACACUAUUGCGAAGCAACGACCAGGCAGCGUGGAGGAUAUAUUUGAACAAAUCACUCAAGAAGUCAAAUUACAUCCGACAGAAGAAAAGGAACGCAAGCUAAUUACAACGCCCGAAUUAUGCGAAAUUUUGGAAAGUGGAAGUAAGGAACUACUAAAUAGCCAGACUGAACAAAAAAAUAUUAGUCAAGUGAGGAUUUGUCCUGAUCAAGAGGACGUUCAAAACAUAGAAACAAAGAAAAAGCAACAAUCAAAGGCAAUCAACAAAAAAAAUAGUUCAAAUAAGGAUAGCAUAAGGGAAGCAAAAGAGGAUAGAAAAAUUGAGGUCGUAAAGGGCAUUAUUCAUGCGGAACCUUCCACUUUGAUAGGUAAAAGCGGUUUUGCUGAGGUUCCAAAAAAUAUUAGAAAAAAACAGAAAAGUAAAGCGGAAGUGCUAAAAAUAGAAACAAAACCAAAGCAACAAUCAAAGGCAUAUAACAACAGUGAAAAUAAUUCAAAUGUUUCUAGCGUAGUGGAAGCAAAAGAGGCUAAAGACAUAGAGAACGUUGAGGACACGAUUGAUGCGGAACCUAACAAUCUGAGAGAAAAAGGGGAUUCUGCAGAUCUUCCAGUCACUGACGUAAGAAAGAAACAUGUGAAAACUAUUCGCAAACAGCAGAACAGUAUUGAUCAAGCGAGUAUCUCGCCUGAGAAAGACGAAAUGCUGCAAAAAUCAAAAACUUAUAUUAUAAGCAAAUAUAAUUCAAAUGAUAAUAUUGCAGAGGAAGGAGAAGGGGUUAAAAACACCGAGAUUGUUGAAGUCAUGAUUCAUGCGGAACCUUCUAGUUUAAUGGAGAAAAAGGGUUCUGCAGAUGUUCCAGUCACUGGCGUUCGAAAAAAAAUGAAAAAAAAUAUUAGCAAAAAGCAGACAAAUAGUGGUCAAGCGAGCAUAUCGUCUGAGAAAGAGGGAGUUCUAAAAAUAGAAACAAAACAAAAGAAAAAAUCAAAAACCUAUAUCAAUAGCGAAACUGAUUCACAUGAUAAUAUUGCAGAGGAAGGAGAAGGGGUUAAAAACACUGAGGUCGUUGAGGUCAUGAUUCAUGCGGAUCCUUCCAGUUUGAUAGAGAAAAGGGGUUCUGCAGAUGUUCCAGUCACUGGCAUUCGAAAAAAAAAUAUUUGCAAAAAACAGACAAAUAGUUCUCAAGCGAGAGUUUCGCUUGAGAAAGUUGAAGUGCUAAAAAUAGAAACAAAUCAAAAGCAUCAAUCAAAGGCAUAUAACAAUAGCAGUAAUAAUUCAAGUGAUAAUAGUGCAGAGGAAGGAGAAGGGGUUAAAAACACUGAGGUCGUUGAGGUCAUGAUUCAUGUGGAACCUUCCCGUUUGAUAGAGAAAAGAGGUUCCGCAGAUGUUCCAGUAACUGGCGUUCAAAGAAAACUUACAAAAAAUAUCAGCAAAAAACAGACAAAUAGUGGUCAAGCGAGCAUAUCGUCUGAGAAAGAGGACGUUCUAAAAAUAGAGACAAAACAAAAGCAAAAAUCAAAGACUUACACUGAUAGCAAAAAUAAUUCAAAUGAUAAUGACGUAGGGGCAGCAGAAAGGGCUAAAAAAAACGAGGUCGUUGAGGUUAUGACUCAUGCGCAACCUUCCACUUUGAUAGAAAAAAGGGUUUUUGCAAAUGUUCCAGUGACUGGCGUACAAAAGAAACAUACAGAGGAUAUUAGAAAAGAACCAGAAUAUUAUGAGUUAUUUAGAGAGGAAUUUGAACGAUUGCGGGAGCAACGGGCAAAUAUUGGUCAAGAGUUUAGGAAAUUAGAGGAGCAUCCACAUGCUGCAGCUAAUGUUUGCAGUUCGACUGCUUGUGCUGCUGAAAAAUUCGCCGAUUUGUCCAAAUCGACAUUGCACGAAAGCAUUUACAAAACUGUGAGCGAAGAAUUUGAAGAGUUAUCCAAAUCCAAACCCGGACGCGGUAAAGAACACCGUUCGGUGAUGGCUAAUAGAAAAUUUCGGCAACUAUAUAACCCCAACGACCCUAAAAUGUUAGAAACGCUCGAAGAGAGCGUACGCAACAACGAAUACAACACAACUCAGAUGCCGAGGCUAUUUACACCGGAACGAAGUCUGCGUCAUAUCAAGAAACCAUCAAAGGAAAGCAGAAGAUCCAAACCGGUCAAAAAGGCCCGGGGACCAUCUAGAAGCAAAGCAAAUAGGAAAGGGAAAAACAAACGUUCGGGUUUUUCUAAAAAUCGCUUUCUAGACAAAAUGUUUGAGGAUAUGGAUAUAAUAGUCCGUGGUGGAUGUAGGUCACCUGAUAGCUCCUCAAACGAUCUUCCAAAAUAUCCACGUUUCACCAAUAAUGUCACACCCCCAGAAUCCUUUUUCCCGGAUAUGGAAAUCGAGGGACCCAUACCAACAUUCCUAGAAAAGUCAAGUAGCCGCAUUAACAUGUUACAACACCACGCGGUUCCAGCCACAAAAAGAAAGUCUGAAGAAAAUUUAGAUAAAGCCUCGAAGAAAAUGAAAUUUUUUGGUGAAAUUAACGACAACGCACGACCGGCCGUUUCAACAGAACCAAUCGCGAGAGAACCAUGUGCCGAUGAAGAGUCAUUGCAAAAUACCAAGUCGGUGCUUAAUAUGUUGGGCGUUUUAAUUAAUUUAUUGCUGGGUUUGCCCCUCGACCCCGACGGUAAUCAAAGAUUGCAAAAAAUGCGCGACCUCUGCCAUAAUUAAUUUUGUUAAUUCGUUUUAAUGUUAAGUUUAUAUAGUAUUUUUAAGUGUUACUGUUUUAUAGAAAUUACAGAAUAAAUCCUAAUUGCUUUAUUGCACGGUUUUUGUUUAAUUGUAUAAGUAAACAACUAUUUACUACUAUUAUUAUUAUACUAUUUACAAAUCUGGAUUCCGUCGGUUGUUGUUGAAUUGAAAUUGCUGACAUUUCGCCAACCAUCCUACUGGCUUCUUCAGAGCUUAACGGAAACUAUUUUGCAGUCUACUUUGGACCUGCUUAUAUACUGUUUGGGGAAGGUGGGACAUGAACAUUGUCUAGUAUGACUGAUUCCCAUGUUGCUGAGUCACGCUUGUUUGGUUGUUUUCUUAGGUAGAAGAAUUGAAUGAAGAGUUGAAUGCAAACUAGUUUCAGUUAAACUCUGAACAAGUUUACAGGAUGACUGGUGAAUCGUCAGUUUGAUUUUUCAACCGAUGCAGGAAGAAUCUACAUGUUUUUAAUGUAAUGUCAAAUGCUUCCUUUUAUUAUAAACAGAUUCUAUACCUAUCUGUCGUAGUUUUGGUUAAAAUAAAAUAAAAAAAUUAUGAAUUAGGAACUUUUGGGAUUUGCAAUGCUAUAAUGGAACGCAUCAGACAAACAUAAUCUCUAUCUGAUCUAUGGUGACGCGUUGUCUCGCGCCAGCCAAGCCGAACUCGUCCGACUUCGCUCGACCGAGUCCGAGUCCAAAAGCGAGAAAGAUGUCCGCCCAUAAUUUUUUUUUCAUUGUCAACCAACAUAAAUUGUCAAACACAAGAGAUUGCUUACGAAUAAUUUUAUUUAUUGUAAUCAUCGGCUUAUUAUUCCAAUGUUAUCAUGGAGUUUUUUGUUUAAAGUACGUGCUUAACG